AUGACACGUGAGCAUUGAAGUGGCAAACCAGUAACCGGAAAACUCUAAAACCCUAACAAUAACCCCUGCCGCAUUAAACAACAACAACAACAACAGAGUUCUCUCUCUCUCUCUCGCAAAAAAAUGGGAAUACCUUCAUUUUACAGAUGGCUUUUGGACAGGUACCCGCGGACGGUGGUGGACGCCAUCGAAGAAGAACCGCCGGACGCCACAAAGCCGAACCCAAACGGCAAGGAAUUCGACAACCUCUAUCUCGACAUGAACGGCAUCGUCCAUCCCUGCUUCCACCCGGAAGGCCUGCCGCCUCCCAAAAGCUACGACGACAUCUUCGCCGCCGUCUUCAGCUACAUCGACCGCGUCUUCUCCAUCGUCAGGCCCCGCAAACUCCUCUUCCUAGCAAUCGAUGGUGUAGCGCCGCGAGCUAAGAUGAAUCAGCAACGUUCUAGGCGUUUUCGGGCAGCUAAGGAUGCAGCUGCUGAAGCUGCUUCAAGAGAGAAGACAUUUGAAUCAGAAGAAGAAAAGGCAGCGUAUUUGGAGCAGUGUAAGAAGAUGGACUCAAAUGUGAUCACACCCGGAACUGAAUUCAUGGCAUUGUUGUCAUUGGCUCUUUGUUAUUAUAUACAUUUGCGGAUGAAUAAAGAUCCUGGGUGGCGGGGAGUUAAGGUCAUUCUUUCUGAUGCCAAUGUUCCCGGUGAAGGGGAGCAUAAGAUAAUGUCUUACAUUCGAUUACAAAGAAAUCUUCCGGGAUAUGAUGUAAACACCAGGCAUUGUCUGUAUGGAUUGGAUGCGGAUCUUAUCAUGCUUGCACUAGCUACCCACGAAUUGCAUUUCUUUAUUCUGAGAGAGGAUGUCCGUGGAGCAAGAUCAAAUGAUAAACAUCAGCAAGAAAAUAUGAAAAAGUCAAAGGAAAUGGAAGUGGAGGGCGAAAAUCUUGAAGGUUUUAUCUCAAGGCAGAAAUUUCAGUUUCUCAACAUAUUGAUUCUCAGGGAGUAUUUACAACUUGACAUGACCAUCCGGGCAAAAAAGAAGUCCUCAAAAAAGAAGUCCAUAUUUACCAAAAAAGGGAAGAAGAAGUUGAAAUUAGAACGCUUGAUUGAUGAUUUUGUCUUCAUGUGCUUGUUUGUUGGAAAUGACUUUCUUCCCCACAUUCCUUCAUUGGAAAUAUCUGAGGGGGCUAUCGAUCUGCUCAUGAUGGUUUACAAAAAGGAAUUUCGCAAAAUGGGAGGUUACCUCACAGAUUCUUUUAAGGUAAACUUGAAACGUGUGGAGCACUUUGUCCAGGUUUUGGCAUCUCAUGAAUGUGCAAUUUUUAGAAGACGACGCCAGAUGCAGAAGGAAAGAGGACUCCGCUAUCGACGAUUUUCAAAUAAGAAGAAUACCCGUUCUUCAAGUAACCUUAUAAGUCAAAAUCAUCGUAAUUCAAGUUCUGUUGAGACUCAAACACCAAUCAACUUGUCAUCCGUUGGCACAAAUGCAGUUGUGGAUGAGAUUAAGCUGGGGGAAACAAAGGGUUGGAAGGAAAGAUUUUAUGCUGAAAAGUUUGAGGUUGAAAUUAAAGAUGUCGAGAAAAUUCGGAGACAUGCGGUUUCUAAAUAUAUUGAAGGGAUAUGUUGGGUCAUGCAUUACUACUACGAAGGAGUAUGCUCCUGGCAAUGGUUUUACCCAUAUCAUUAUGCCCCGUUUGCUUCAGACUUUAGUGGUGUUGAUCAAUUAAAAAUUGAAUUCACAUUAGGGAAACCUUUCAAGCCAUUUGAUCAGUUGUUGAGUGUAUUGCCUGCUGCAAGUGCACAUGCUCUUCCUUUGUUUUACAGGAAGCUGAUGACAGAUAUGUCAUCACCUUUAUCAGAUUUUUACCCUACUGAUUUUGAGCUUGAUAUGAAUGGGAAACACUUUUCUUGGCAGGCUGUUUGUAAGUUACCAUUUAUUGAUGAGUCACGCCUUCUUUCGGAGAUUUCAAAAGUGGAGCAUACAUUGACGGAUGAAGAAAGAUGCAGAAAUAGUUUCAGUCUGGAUGUACUGUUUGUUCAUGCUUCACAUCCUUUAACAGUGAAGAUACUUGCUUUCUGUCAGAGAAAAGCUGUUCAUCCAAAGUUUGCUGGCACUAAAGUUAAGCGAAAAAUUAAUCCAAAAUUCAGUGAUGGAAUGAAUGGGUACAUGUACAUUUCCGAUAAGCCUGUGCAGCCUGUGGAAAUCCUUUCACCAAUUGAGGACAUGGAGAUUAUUUCUAAUAAUGAAGUAUUAUCAGUCUUCUUCAAAUGCCCACCAUUCCAUUCUCACAUCACUAGUAUAUCAAAAGGAGUAAAAGUGCCUCGCAUGUCUGUCAGGAAGAAGGACAUUUUACCUCCACCUGUUUUGUGGCAUAAGAAGUCAGCUGUCCUUGGACGCAUACAUUCUGAAAGGUCCAUCCCUAAGUCAAUCUCAGGUCAUCUUCUAGCAAAAUUAGCUCGUAAACUUCUAUCUAAAUGUUACCCUCCGAGAAAGAAGUGGGGGUCUAUGGAACUGGGUGACAACAUAGGUGUGGAUGGAUUCAUAUCCCGUUUGAAUUUGAUUGAUACUGUUCCACAGGGUGGGGCUGGAUUUUAUAAAAACUGCAUUUAUUGUGAUAUUGGAGCUCCAGAUGAACAAGUUGGUGAGACUGGAGCAAAUGGUUUGGAGUGUGGCAGAGUACCAAUUACAAAUCAUGUUAAUUGCGAAACACUGAUUCGAAGUUUGAAACCGAAACGGAGCAAAGCCAUACGUGCAAUGGAUUUGGAGCCAUCAAUUUUUGAGUUAGCUGCUGAAGCUGAAAAAAAUAGGGUUAAUCAUGAAGUCCCAUAUACACAUGUUGGUGAGACAGGCACAAAUAGAGUGGUAUGUGCACAAAAUUUGGAGCCAACAAUUUUUGAGUUAGUGGCUGCAACUGAUAAAAAUUGUGUUGAUGGAGUCCCAGAUAAUCAAGUUGGUGCGAAUGAGGCAAAUGGAUUGGUAUAUGCUAGUGGAGUUCCAGAUAAUUGUGUUGAUGUCAAAUCUAAAAAAAAGAAACGGAAACAGAGCAAAGCCGGAGGUGCACAGAAUUUGGGGCCAACAAGUUGUGAGGUAGGGACAGGAGCUGAAAAAAAUUGUGUUAAUCAUGAAGUCCCAGAUACACAUGUUGGUGAGACACACACAAAUAGAGUGGUAUGUGCACAGAAUUUGGAGCCAACAAUUUUUGAGUUAGCGGCUGCAGCUGAUAAAAAUUGUGUUGAUGGAGUCGUAGAUAAUCAUGUUGGUGCGAAUGAGGCAAAUGGAUUGGUAUGUGCUAGUGGAGUUCUAGAUAAUUGUGUUGAUGUCAAAUCUAAGAAAAAGAAAUGGAAACAGAGCAAAGCCGGAGGUGCACAGAAUUUGGGGCCAACAAGUUGCGAGGUAGAGAUGGGAGCUGAAAAAAAUUAUGUUAAUCAUGAAGUCCCAGAUACACAUGUCGGUGAGACAGGCACAAAUAGAGUGGUAUGUGCACAGAAUUUGGAGCCAACAAUUUUUGAGUUAGCGGCUGCAGCUGAUAAAAAUUGUGUUGAUGGAGUCCCAGAUAAUCAUGUUGGUGCGAAUGAGGCAAAUGGAUUGGUAUGUGCUAGUGGAGUUCUAGAUAAUUGUGUUGAUGUCAAAUCUAAGAAAAAGAAACGGAAACGGAGCAAAGCCGGAGGUGCACAGAAUUUGGGGCCAACAAGUUGUGAGGUAGAGAUGGAAGCUGAAAAAAAUUGUGUUAAUCAUGAAGUCCCAGAUACACAUGUCGGUGAGACGGGCACAAAUAGAGUGGUAUGUGCACAGAAUUUGGAGCCAACAAUUUUUGAGUUAGCAGCUGCAGCUGAUAAAAAUUGUGUUGAUGGAGUCCCAGAUAAUCAAGAGAGGGAAGCUGAAAAAAAUUGUGUUAAUCAUGAAGUCCCAGAUACACAUGUCGGUGAGACAGGCACAAAUAGAGUGGUAUGUACACAGAAUUUGGAGCCAACAAUUUUUGACUUAGCGGCUGCAGCUGAUAAAAAUUGUGUUGAUGGAGUCCCAGAUAAUCAAGUUGGUGUGAAUGGGGAAAAUGGAUUGAUAUGUGCUAGUGGAGUUCCAGAUAAUUGUGUUGAUGUCGAACCUAAGAAAAAGAAACGGAAACGGAGCAAAGCUGGAGGUGCACAGAAUUUGGGGCCAACAAGUUGUGAGGUAGGGAUGGGAGCUGAAAAAAAUUGUGUUAAUGGAGUCCCAGAUAGUCAAGUAGGUGCAAAUGAGGCAAAUGGAUUGGUAUGUGCUAGUGGAGUUCUAGAUAAUUGUGUUGAUGUCAAACAGAGCAAAGCCGGAGGUGCACAGAAUUUGGGGCCAACAAGUUGCGAGGUAGGGAUGGGAGCUGAAAAAAAUUGUGUUAAUCAUGAAGUCCCAGAUACACAUGUCAGUGAGACAGGCACAAAUAGUGUGGUAUGUGCACAGAAUUUGGAGCCAACAAAUUUUGAAGUAGGGACUGCAGCUGAUAAAAAUUGUGUUGAUAACAGAGACCCAGAUAAGCAUGUGGGUGAGACUGGGGCAAAUGGAUUGGUACAUGCUAGUGGAGUUCCAGAUAAAAAUUGUGUUAAUGUUAAAUCUAAGAAAAGGAAACCGAAAGGGAGCAAAGUGAGAGGUGCACAGAAUUUGGAGCUAACAAUUUGUGAGGCAGGUACUGGAGCCAAUUUAAAUUGUGUUGAUAACCGAGUCCAAGAUAAGCAUGUUGGUGAUAGCGUAUCAAAUGGAUUGAUAUGUCCUAGUGGUGUUUUGGAUAAAAAUUGUGUUGAUGGAAAAUCUAAGAAAAAGAGACAGAAACGGUGCACAGUGGGGGGUGCAGAGAAUUUGGAGCCAGCAAUUUGCGAGUUAGAAACUGGAGCCAAUGAAAUUUUUGUUGAUAAUGGUCUCCAAGAUCACCAUGUUGGUGAGACUGGAGCAAAAGCAUUGGAAUAUUCUGACGGAGUCCAAAAUAACAAUGUUGGUGAGAAUGGAGCAAAUGUAUUGGCCUUUGGUUAAAAAUUGGAAGAAGUUUGAUGAGAGGUGUAGGAGAACUGAAUUGGAUAAGGAGCUGAGAUAAUAGGGUCCCAGAUAACCAUUUAGGUGCAGUUAGAUUGGCCUGCCAUUCGAAUAUGGAAUGGGACUUUGUGAAUGGGAUUGGUGGUGAAAAGAAAAGAAACAGCCGAGUUUGCUGAUUGGAGACAAAAAGUGGGGUGGAAAAUUAGGCAGAAACUGCCAUGAUAAUGGAGUCCCGGAUUGCCAAGGCAAGAGAUAGUAGAUAGGACUGAAGUUCGGAGAGAGAGGGAGAGAGAGAGAGAGAGAAAAGAUUAAGAUCCAGAUAAUGUGUUCGUGGCACAGCUAUUCGGGAGCCAAACUUGUAUUACGACAUUUUUGGUGUCCUGUACAAUUUUGCUGCAGGGAGUAAUAAAUCAUACUGUUUUAAACAUUAUAAUGUUGUGGACUUAUGGGUGUCAUGUACAAUUUUGCACCUAAUUUAAUUAUAAUUAUUUGAUAAACAAAUACCCACAGCUUCAUGUUA